ACGACCAAACUCUAGAGAGAGAGAGAGAGAGAGAGAGGAGACUUGGCUUUCACACCUUCUUCUCCAGCGAAACGGAGGCGCUUGCACGACAUUCGCUGUGUGUGUCUGCUUUUUCUGAGGAAAGUAAGAAAGGCGGAGCAAAUGUUGAGUGCAGUGUUCCUUUCGAGAGGCUCACGUUUGGCAUCUCUUCGUCAGUUACGGUUGCUUCACUUUUCUUCUCUUCUCCGCUGACCGGGCUUCGUUCUAGAGAGAGAAACCGCAGAAGAAGAGGAAGGGCGACGAGUUGCGAGCUGCUCGGGGCAGAGGUAGAAGCUGAGAGAGGAAGGGAGGAGAGAGAGGGGGAGGAAAGAGAAGUGGGUUUUGAUUGGUGGGCGGGCGCUGAAAUGGCGUUUUGCCCUGUGUUCUGUUUUGGGAAGCGACUGGAUCGAAACCAACGGGGCAAAAAGCAGCCGACAUGGAGGAUAUUCUCAUUGAAGGAACUACAUUCAGCUACAAAUAAUUUUAAUUACGAUAAUAAGCUUGGAGAAGGUGCUUUUGGCAGUGUCUACUGGGGACAGCUAUGGGAUGGAUCUCAAAUUGCAGUGAAAAGGCUGAAGGUCUGGAGCAACAAAGCAGAAAUGGAAUUUGGUGUUGAGGUUGAGAUACUAGCAAGAGUACGGCAUGACAAUUUGCUUAGCCUUCGUGGCUAUUGUGCGGAAGGGCAAGAGCGUCUGAUUGUAUAUGAUUACAUGGCAAAUUUAAGCUUACUCUCCCACCUGCAUGGGCAGCACUCGUCAGAAUGCCUUCUUGACUGGAACAGGCGGAUGAAUAUUGCAAUAGGCUCUGCUGAGGGAAUUGCGUAUCUUCACCACCAUGCAACGCCACAUAUCAUUCAUCGGGACAUCAAAGCCAGCAAUGUUUUGCUGGAUUCUGAUUUCAAGGCCCGAGUUGCUGAUUUUGGUUUUGCAAAGUUCAUUCCCGACGGUGCGACGCAUGUAACAACAAGAGUUAAGGGUACUCUUGGCUACUUGGCCCCGGAAUAUGCUAUGCUAGGGAAGGCAUCAGAGAGCUGUGAUGUGUAUAGUUUUGGCAUUCUAUUGCUUGAGCUUGCCAGUGGGAAGAAACCCCUCGAGAAACUGAAUGCCACUACAAAGCGUACGAUCACUGACUGGGCUUUACCGCUGGCCUGUGAAAGGAAGUUCAGCGACCUGGCAGAUCCAAGGAUUAAUGGAAAGUAUGCGGAGGAAGAGUUUAAGCGAGUUGUGUUCGUGGCACUAAUAUGUGCUCAGAGCCAGCCAGAGAAGAGACCCACCAUGCUUGAGGUGUUGGAGCUUCUGAAGGGUGAAGCGAAAGAUAAAGUAGCCGCACUAGAAAAUCACGAGCUCUUCAAUGGGCCAAAGCCUGGAGAGUAUAAUGAUGGGUUGUCGGUCGCUGAGGACAGUCCGGACUUCAUCUCAGAAGAUAAGGAUGGGAACAAGGAGGUCAAGGAGGAGAUUGCAUCAGAAAAUACACACCGUAAUGCUUGAAGCUAUUCGGCCUGAGAAUUUGUGUAUUGAAAAUUGAACUUCUAUGGCUUGAGACUUAAACUGAUGCGGUGGGACACUGGCUGUGUUAUUUAUUGGAUCUGCCAGGAAAGACGCUGCUCAGUGGAUCUGAUAGAUUGGUUUCUUUGGGUGGUUUGACAUUCGGGUUUUCCAUUUUCCUCUGCGAUGUCCUUGUUUUUUCGGUUGAUUGAAUGAUAUUGCCUGCUUACCAUGUGGGUUAGGGGAAUUCCAGGUUACUGUAGAAAAACUAGAACGGCUGGUUGCUUUCUUGAUUAUCAACCUGCGUAAGUUGUGUAUGCAAUCUCUUCUCCCAUCAUUGCAAAGACAGCGUUGUUAAGGUUCUUGUGUUUGUUCGGCAGAUAAGCCUUUGUGGCUUCUCUGCUUCGAGAUCAGUCUGUUUUGUGC